AUGAUGAUUGAUGACGAUAUCAUCCAAGAAGACAAUUACAUAGAUGACAUGCAGCAUAUGUUGGAUGACAUCCGGGCAGGCACCUUCGUUGAUGUGCCUCAAGAUAGCACUCCUAUGCCAAACAGGCUAUCAAUACAUGUAGAUGGACCAGCCCCAUCUUUUGACCAGCUACUAGAGGAUGCCCGACGUCCUCUUUUCGAUGGGUGUACAGAAUUUUCAGAGUUGUCAUUCGUUGUGAAGUUGUUACACAUCAAAUCAAUCGGUGGAUGGUCAAUUAAGUCGUUUGACAUGCUCCUUGAUUUGUUGAGGUCUGCCUUUCUUAAUGCCCUAUUGCCACAAUCAAAUGAGAAGUCAAGGUCUUUGGAGCGCGGUUUGGGCUUCAAGUAUCACAAAAUCCAUGCGUGCCCCAAUGACUGUAUCUUAUAUUGGAAGGAAAAUGCUGCUCUUAAUGAAUGCCCUGUAUGUAAGGCUUUGAGGUGGAUACCAAAUACAAACGGACCACGCGCGGUACCUCAAAAAGUGUUACGUCACUUUCCUUUGAAACCGAGAUUGCAGCGUCUCUUCAUGUCUGCCAAGAUAGCAGGUGAUAUGCGAUGGCACAAAGAGCAACAGACGAAAGAAGAUACUUGUAUGAGACAUCCGGCCGACUCUGAGUGCUGGAAGAAAUUUGAUGAAGAUCAUGGUUGGUUCGCUUCGGAUCCUCGCAAUGUUAGGCUCGGUCUGGCAAGUGAUGGCUUCAUUCCAUUCAACAACUUGGCUAAACCUCAUAGCAUUUGGCCAAUGAUCCUUGUCCCCUAUAACUUGCCACCGUGGUCAUGCAUAAAAGACCAAUUCUUCAUGACAUCUCUGAUUAUUCCUGGCCCAAGGUCACCAGGAAAUGAGAUUGAUGUAUACUUGCAGCUGUUGAUCGAUGAACUGUUGAAUUGUGGGAAGAUGGGGUACCUACAUAUGAUGCCUCAACUAAGGAGACGUUUAUGUUGCAUGCUGCCUUAUUGUGGACAAUCAAUGAUUUUCCUGCCUAUGAGAAUCUGUCUGGCUGGUCAACAAGGAAAAUUGGCUUGUCCGUCUUGCAAUGCAGACACAAACUCUAAUUGGUUGAAAUAUGGCCGAAAACAUUGUUACAUGGGACAUCGACGUUUCUUACCCCCAGAUCACAUAUGGAGAAGGAGGAAAGGGUUGUUCAACGGUAGAGAAGAUCAUCGCAUGCCACCGAGGGAUGUAGGAGCUGAAGAGAUUCAAAAUCAAUUGCAGAUGAUUGGGGAUGUUCAGUUUGUUCGACUUCGGCAUAAUUUAGAUGUUAUGCAUAUUGAGAAGAAUAUUGCCGACAACAUCUUAUUUACUUUAAUGAACAGUCCAGGGAAAAGUAAGGAUAAUAUCAAUUCAAGGCGUGACUUAGAGCUUUUGGGCUAUAGAAAAGAAUUACACUUGAGGCGUGAUGAUGGGUUCGCUUCCAAUAUCUCAAACUGUGUCUCUCGACAUGAAUACAAAAUCUCAGGGUUGAAAAGCCAUGACUAUCACGUUUUCCUUCAAAGGCUACUCCCCAUUGCUGCUGGGGGGUAUGUAAGAAGUGAUAUUGGCUUGGCUUUGACUGAACUUGGUACUUUCUUCAAAGAGUUGUGCGCUCGAACACUUGAUGUCAACCUUCUGGCCCAACUCCAAACUGAUGUUGUCACCAUUCUAUGCAAACUAGAGAUGAUAUUUCCUCCUUCCUUUUUCGAUGUUAUGGUCCACCUAGCUGUCCAUUUACCCCAUGAGGCCAGACUUGGGGGUCCUGUACAAUAUAGGUGGAUGUACUCAUUUGAGAGGUAUCUUGGCAAAUUCAAGCGGUAUGUUAAGAAUAAAGCCCGCCCAGAAGGUUCAAUAGCCGAGGCCUACAUUCACACCGAAUGCUUGAUAUUUUGCUCCACGUACCUCAAAGACAUUGAGACUAGGUUUAGUCGACCGGACCGCAACAUUGAUGCUGACGAAGAGGAAACGUUAGAUGGGUUCAAAAUUUUCAACCAGAAAGUCCGUCCCUUGGGCAUGCCUUCUAACGUGCAAUUAGAAGAUAAACUAUUUAAGGCAGCCAUCUGGGAACACUACGAGAAAUGUAAGGUGCAACACUCAGAUUGCAUCCAUCGCACGCACCAAACUGAGUUUUCAACUUGGUUUAAGCAACGUGAACAUCGCACCUCGCAUGCACUUGAUGUGUCUGCUGAUCUGUAUGCGUUAGCUUGCGGGCCAGACCGUUGGGUUGCAACAUAUGCUGCUUGCAUAAUAAAUGAAAAAAAGUUUCAUACGAAACAGCGUGAACUUCGUCGGCAUAUACAAAAUUUUGGAGUGGUGGUAACUGGUGAUGAGGCCACAAAUAACUUGGACUUAUAUGGAGUUAUUAAUAAUAUUGUAGAGUUACGCUACAUGAAGUGGCGUCGGGUGUACCUGUUUGAAUGUGACUGGUUUGACGUUGGUGAUCGAAAACGAGGGGUGCGGGUGGAUGACCAUAUGAUUAGUGUCAACAUGAACAGGAAUUGGUACAAGGAUGAACCAUUCGUGUUGGCGAGUCAGGCUGAUCAAUGCUUCUACAUAAGAGAUUUAAGGGCGAAAGGGAAUUGGGGUGUUGUGCAGAACUAUGCAAAUAGGAAUGUAUACAACAUUCUGCCACUCCCGAGAGUUCUUGAAGAUAUUGAUGGGGAAUCAAGUACUCCUGAUGCCGAUCAAGAAAACGAGCCAUCAUAUUAUUAUGAACCAGUGCAGUGUGAUAACACCGAUCAAGUGGCAACUCAACUGAAUAGGCCUGAUAUACUACCUAGCCAUGUAGAUGCAUGA